UUGAAUUAGACGAGGAUUGCUUUUUGAGAAGGUCAUCACUUGGUUGUUGCACUGAAACUUAUUGUACAUAGUAUUUCAAUUAGAAUACUUGUCCUUGUCCUUGUGGUUCAGAAGGAAUAGCAAUUGAGUGGCACUGUGGUAGUGGUUUUUGUUAAGAUGGAGAAAGAAUGGCUGCAAUUUGAUAGAUUUAAGGAUGAAUACAGAGUGGGAGCUCGUAUGUUUGUGGAUAAAGCAAGGGCAGAUUAUGGGAAUUCUGAAGAUGAGAUUAUAUGCCCAUGUAUCAAAUGUAGAAACUCUGAACACCACCACUUUGAGAUAGUCUAUGAGCACUUGGUAACAAGAGGAAUGGAUCCUACUUACAAAAUUUGGAUUUGUCAUGGUGAAACAGGAAGUGAAUCCAAUCAUGAAGAUCUUGAGAUUCCUGAGACAUAUAAGUUGUUUAAGGAUUUAUGUUUUCAACAUGAUGAAAAUGAUGAAGAUGAUGAAGAUGUAGAUGACACUAUUGAGACUAGAGAGGCAGAAAUUUUAAAUUUAGUAAGAGAAGCUGAAACUCCCUUGUUCUUUGGCUGUACAAACUAUACGAAGAUGUCAGCAUCAGUUGCUUUAUUGAAGAUGAAAGCAAGACAUUAUUUGACUGAUAUUGCUUUCGAUGACAUUCUUCGCACUAGCCGUAGUUUCUUACCGGAAGAUAACACACUUCCAGAGUCCUUAUAUUCAAUGAAGAAGCUAGUGAAGGCAUUUGAUCUUGGAUAUGAGAAGAUACAUGCAUGUGUCAAUGAUUGCUGUUUAUUUAGAAAAGAUUUGCAGCAUCUGGAAAAUUGUCCAAAGUGUGGUGCUUCAAGAUGGAAACUUAAUGAAAGCAGUUCUAAAAUUCAAAAAGGCAUCCCUGCAAAAGUUUUGCGUUACUUUCCAAUAAUACCAAGGCUUAGGAGAAUGUUUGCUAUUACUGAAACAGCAGAACAAUUAAGGUGGCAUUCGAAUAAUAAGAGUCAAGAUGGUAAGAUGAGACAUCCUGUUGAUGCAUUAGCAUGGGAAACAAUAAAUAGAAGGUGGCCAUCUUUUGCAUCAGAUCCUCGAAAUAUCAGAUUUGGCCUUGCUACCGAUGGGUUUAAUCCAUUUCAUGAUCUUAGGUCUACGUACAGCUGUUGGCCAGUCAUUUUGACAAUAUAUAACUUGUCUCCAUGGUUAUGUAUGUCUAAAGAAAGUCUCAUGUUGACGUUACUCAUACCAGGUCCUAAGCAACCGGGUAACGAUAUCGAUGUUUAUUUGGCACCACUAGUCUGGAAGGAUAAUCUUUUCCCUCCAACAUAUCCUCCCAGUCCCUACCCUAUCCCGCCAUUUUAACACCACUUCUCCUUUCCCAGCCCUUUAACACCAAAGCUUAACGGUGAGCCUCUUCCACCACCACAGCUCAAUCCACCGUCCACGUGUCCUCAGAACCCAGCCGAUCCCCGACCGCACCCUCGUCAACCUCCAAUUGGUGCCGAAGGAUCCUCUAGCCGGCGCCGUGAAAUCCCGAGAUCUCAAAAGGGCUCCAAGCAAUGAUCUUGAAAAUAGAAGAUGUGCACUUUUGAAUUGGAACAAUUAUGAAGAAGAUGAAGUAGUGGCUGAAGGGAAGAUCUCUUCAACAAAUCCAAGUACAAAAGUUCAUUGUGUGCCUCUUGGACGAGAUUGUUAGAAGGUUUGGGCUGAUGUGGUGUUUGAUAAGUAUCAGACUAUGGAAGUGUAUAGAGCAACCAUGGAUGCCAAACAACUUGGUGAAGCUGUAGGAAGCACUCUUGCAUGGCCCAAAAGCUCCAUUAAAAUGCUCCCUUAGUAGUUGAAGUAGCAGGUACAUUUUGCUUUACUAGAGAAUAUAUGUAGGUCAGGAAGUACCAUGCAUGUUUUGUCAAUGCUGAUGAACAAAGAAUCUAGUACAAAGUUUUGUAAAGAACAUAUGUAUAAGAGAAUGUGGCACUCCGCACUCCUAAUGAAAUGUAUAUUUUUCAUACAUGGUUAGUGUGUAUUAAU